AUGAAUCGGAGGCGGAGGAGCAGCUCGUGGAGUGUAAACAAAGUUUUCUGGGGGUAGCUUGUUAGCUAGUUAGCCGUUAGCGCCACAGCCCAGUUGAUGCAGUCAUAAACAGGAAUGUCAGCUUUAAAUUAGAGGGCGGAGACUUAAACUUCUAAUCCACGGUGCUCGGAUAGAUUAACAGGAGCUGUGGGAGUUUUUCCGCUUCGGCUGCGGGGCUCCUCCCCCUGUGGUGGCCUGGCAACAUCAUGGCGUCUCGGCUGUUGGACCGCCUGAAGCGCUCGCUGUUUAAAGAUGGUCAGGGGCUGGAACCUGAGCAGGAAGAAGGUGGCGGGCCGGAAGAGGAGGCGUUUAACCAGGAUCGCUGGGAGGACGAGCUGGCGGAGGAUGAAGAGUGUGUAACCGAUCGGCUCGGAGGGAUGCUGUGCUUCGACGGCACGGAUGGCGGUCUGGAGGAUGGAGCCGAGGGUGAAGGGUCAGGACAGGACAGCGACUCUGACUUCCUGGGAGAGUCGAUGGAGGAGGGUCCCAGCAGCAUGGACACCAGUCCUGUGGGUAUUUCCCCAGUGGGCCAGUCCUCGUCUUCCUCCUCCUCCCUGCUGACCCGGCAGCUUCAGGAGAGCUGGAGGAGUUUGCGCGGACUCAGUGGAGGAAGCUCGGUCUCCUCUGUGAGAUGGCAGACGGACAGCUUGUUGUUCGAGGUGACCGACGCCAGCGUGGUGCAGGACGGCUCCUCAAAAUAUGUGCUGUACACGAUCCAUGUGAUCCAGUCUGGCGCGAGCGAUAAGAUUCCUGCCAUCAUCACGCGUCGGUACUCUGACUUCCGGCGCCUCCAUGCCACUCUUCGCCGUAAACACGGCGAGCACAUGGAGCGUUUCUGUUUCCCACGAAGAAAACUCAGGAGGAACUUCACAGCAGAGACGAUCGCUAAGCGGAGCCGGGCGUUUGAACAGUACCUGUCUCACCUGUGUUCCCUGCACGCCCUGCGGGGGGCGCUGUGUGUCCGUCAGUUCUUCUACUUAACCGACUUGGAGACUGGACAGCUGCUCAUCAGGGCGGGACGUUACCAGGAGGCCUUGGGUCCUCUGCUCAAUGCCAAGAGACUGCAGCAGAAACUGGGAUGGGCAAGUUACUAUGACAACCAGACCCAGGCCCCUCCUCCAACCUCCUCCCAUUGGUUCUUCACCCUGGUGGGACUGUCGAGCUGUUUCCAGCAGGUGGACCAGCUGGAGGAGGCCCGAGAUCACUGUGACCACGCCCUGCGUGUUCUCACCCCCACCGAAACUCAAACUAACAUAGAGGAUAAGCCCCUCCCACCUGACAAUAAGCCCUUCCAACCGUCAGAGUCAUCGCGUCUGGACGACGACAGGCCACACCCACUGCUGUUGCCGCUGUUACGAGUGAUGGUUCGGCUGUCGUGGCAGACGGGAAAAGACAAGCGACAGUGGGAGGAGCUUCUGCAGCAUCUGGAGGAGCGGUGGGUGGGGCUAGACAAUCAUCCAACCAUCAAAGAAUUUCUGGUUAAACACAACCUGCAGGAUGGUGACGGCGAGGGCUAAAGAGCGCGCACGCUGCAGAGUGCAAUCAGUACAGUACAGGUCGAGUGUUAGAGCCGCUGCAGGGGAAACAAAGCCGAGAUUUUCAAAAUAAAAUCUGAAUGUUUUGAGUAAUUUUAGUUUUAUUUCUAAUAAAAAAAGGUAUUAAAGGGAAACAAGUUUCACCUAUAAAACCUGCUUUUUAAUGUUGUGACGUUGGACAUUUUAAUGUGGGAUUGGAGGAAACCUCAAGUGGCCGUUAGAGGAACUGCAGCAGUUCACACGAGUUUGGUUUGAGUAAUAAAACCAAAAAGGUUGUUCAGAAAAAGAGUGAUGUUAAUGUAAUGAAAGAGUAGGCUUCAGUAAAUAUCUGGCGGAAAGAAGCAAAUCACAGAAGCUUGAGUAUAAAAUGACGGAGCUGAUGAGACUGAAGGACAGUUGAGGCCUUCACCUGAAACCUGAAACUCGGCCAGUUCAAAAUCUCAGUUUUUAUUCCCCCUGACAGCGGCUGUAAUACUCUGAGUACUAAUGGAUCAGUCAAGGGUUCAGUCGUAAUUUCAAAGCCUUAAACUAGUUCAGUGGUCUUUGUAGGUCCGAUGCUUCACAUCAGUUUUAUUCUUAACCGUGACUCCUCAAAGGAUUUCUAAGAAACAGCCUGUUAUUUUACUUCAAGAGGAACUUCUACAAUAUUUAAGACUUGUUUUAUUUUUCAAAUAAAUUUAUUUUGAAAACUUGA